UCAAUUCAAAACCGACAAUGACAUUGAUUUGCACGAGAGAGAGAAAAUGUCUCAUAUUGUCAGAGAACAGCCUUUCUCAGGUCUUGUUAAUUCCAAGGAAAAUGAGAGAUAGAAGGCAUUAGAGAAGGAUAAUGGGUCAAUUAAAGAGUCUUUAUGGAGAGGAGGAGUGGGAAAUUAGACGAUGAGGGACAGGGAGAGAGAUAGUGACAGAAGGGGAGAGAGAGGCAGAGGAAUGAAAGAGAGAGGAAGGGAGGGGAGAUACACACAUGUGGGACGCCUCAGACCUGAGCGUGUAUUUAGAAGAGCAAAACAGACUUGAGGAGAAAGACAGAGAGUCAAGAGAGAGAGAAUAAAAGUAGACGCAUCAAUGGAGUAAAGACAGAACAUGGGGAUCGUCCGCCAGAGUAGAAAGCCCUCAGGACUCGGAGCAGCCGGCAGCAAGAUCAGCGCACGCCACGCGCCUCGCCACGGCCGCCCCGCCCCGGCCCGUGCCGCCGUCCCACGCCAGCUACUCCUCCGUCAGCAGGCGCCACGCGCCGCCUCCGCACCCGCACGCAGGCCCCUCGCCCACGCCUCGCGCACGCCCAAGUCGACCGCGGCGCGGCCGGUGAACUCGCACACGGGGAGCCUGCAGCGGUCGCAGUGCGAGGGUCCGUGGCCGGGCUACGGCCAGCACGCCGCGCACAGCGACCACUCGGCGUGCAACGUCUACUGCUACCUCUGCUACUGCUGCUACUGCUGCUGCCUCACGUUGCUCUCUGUCUCCCUCCUCCUUCUCCUCUCCCCUCCCCCCUGCGCCCCUCCCCCCUCCUCCUCCUCCUCCUCCUCCUCCUCCUCCUCCUCCUCUGCUGCUUCAUCAUCAAACCCCGCCUCCUCUGCUUCCUCACCCCGAUCCCCCUCAUGGUCAUGCGCCUGCUGUUUGGAUUCUCCUCCUCCGUGUCUGGGCUCUGAUGGGGCCUGGAACUCCUCGGAGGUCUGUCCUGACCGCCCCUCCCCACCCCGCCUCUCCUCCCCUCCUCCGUCUUCCUCCACCCUCACACCUCUUCCCACUCCUCGCCUCUCCGCUUCGCCUGACCCUCGCCUGCCCCCCUCCGCCAUCCCCGCUCCUCCCUCUUCCUCCUCAUCCCCCUCGCCCCCGACCUCUGACCCCCUCCUGCACCCCCCGAACCUGUGCCGACGCCGGCCCGCCUCCCGCUCCCUGCCCUACCUGCUCCUCUGCCCUCCCAGCUUCGGGGACGAGCCUCUGUCGUCGGCGUCCGCCCUGGACCACGUUCCCUCCGGCCUGGCCCGGCCCCGCACGCUGCUCCGCCAGCAGAGCCUCCAGCAGCCCCUCGUCCACCCGCCCGUCCUAGGCCUCAGCCAGCCCCCCACCACCUCCCAGAGCCUGGGCCAGCUCAACACCGUCCCUGGCCAGGCGGGGGCUCCCGGGGCAGGGGGAGGUGGCGGAGGAGGAGGAGCAGGAGGAGGAGGAGGCGCGCGAGGGGCGUGCCGGAGCGCCCGGGGGGGCCCGGCCGGGGCAGGUGGCCCCCGGGGUCGGGGCGGAGGCGUACCCGGGCGCCCCUACGAUAACCCCGGCAGCUGGGAUCAUAUGAUGGGCCAAAUACGCAACCGUGGCCUCGAUGUCAAGUCCUUUCUUGAGGGGAAGAUGGUGGUGCUCUCGCUGGCCAUCGGGUUGGCUGAGCAGGACGACUUUGCCAAUAUCCCUGACCUGCAGGAAACAGCGCAGGCAGCUCCAACCAAUCAGGAGCCCACUCCUCCGGACAAGAGAGGCAACAAGCCAGUGAACAGCCCCAAGGGCCACCCCCCUGAUGCUGACGGGCGUUCCUCUGUCACAGACCUGGCCAACUCUCUUACUGGAGACAUGGUGAUGCUGUCCCCGGGGUCCGAGGAGGACGACGGCGAGGGGCCCGUCAGCGAGAAGCUGGGCCGCAUCCAGUUCAGCAUCGGCUACAGCUUCCAGGACUCCACCCUGACCGUCAAGAUCCUGAAGGGCCAGGACCUCCCCGCCAAGGACUUCUCGGGCACGUCGGACCCCUUCGUCAAGCUCUACCUCCUGCCCGACAAGAAGCACAAGCUGGAGACCAAGGUCAAGAGGAAGAACCUCAACCCCCACUGGAACGAGACCUUCCUGUUUGAGGGGUUCCCGUACGAGAAGGUCCGGGAACGCACCCUGUACCUACAAGUGCUGGACUACGACCGCUUCAGCAGGAACGACCCCAUUGGGGAGGUGUCCAUCCCCCUCAACAAGGUGGAGCUGGGCCAGAUCAAGACCUUCUGGAAGGAGCUGAAGCCCUGCAUGGAUGGAGCGGGAAGGCGAGGUGACCUGCUGGUGUCUCUGUGCUAUAAUCCCACUGCUAACACCAUCACUGUGAACAUCAUCAAAGCACGCAAUCUAAAAGCCAUGGAUAUCGGAGGCACCUCAGACCCGUACGUGAAGCUGUGGCUCAUGCACAAGGACAAGCGCGUGGAGAAGAAGAAGACGGUGACCAUGAAGUGCUGCCUCAACCCCGUCUUCAACGAGUCCUUCCCCUUCGACGUGCCCGCCCACGUGCUGCGGGAGACCACCAUCAUCAUCACCGUCAUGGACAAGGACCGGCUCAGUCGGAAUGACGUGAUUGGCAAGAUCUACCUGUCUUGGAAGAGCGGCCCCGCCGAGGUAAAGCACUGGAAGGAUAUGAUGGGCCGACCGCGCACCAACGUCGCCCAAUGGCACGCCCUCAAGGCCUGAUCGGCCCCGCCCAGAUUCCAGUACCCCCCCCCCCCCCCUGAGACCUCAGUCCUUCCCCCCCCCCUCCCCCCCCCCCUGCUCCUCUUAAAUUUGAUCCUGUCCUUAUGCACAAGACUGACUUGCUGCCGGGCUGCGGAACACGGGUACAAUUAGCCAUCUGCUCUCUUCAAACCUUUACCGCUGAUCCACGGCUCCUCCUCCCCCCCCCCCCCCCCCCCCUCGUCGGGCUCCUCCCUCUCCUCCGUCCCACUCUGCCCCGGCGCCACCGUCUACCCCCGGGAUCCCCCCGUGCCAACGGUCCCCCUGUUUCUGAUCCGUCUGCUCCGGCUACACGUCUCCUGACCCGGAGGUUGGGUUGUCCCCCCCCCUCCCCUCCCGGCGACCCCUAAAGGUCGUGACCUAAAACGCCAGCCCAUCUCUCUUUCUUAUACCGAUCAACUUAUUUACACGGCCGAUAAGUUGACGGUUACUAUAAGAAAUACACCACACUUAAGAUUAAAUAAAUAACUUAUUGAUCAAAGCCAAUGUAUGACUGUUCCCAGUCUGCAUUAUGCUCUGUAUUUAACAAAUACAGACCUUUAGACGACUUUAACUGCAAAGAUCUAUAUAAUGAGCAGACACACAAAACAUGUGUGCCGCCCAGAAGCGUCUAGUUUCUGUCUUUUCGAUGUGUCAGUUUUAUCUGAUUUCCAACCUGCCCCUCGUGUUAAUCGGAUAUUUCCACCACAAACCAGUGGACUAUCUGAAUUUAAAAAGCAAUCAAAAGAACGGUUGAUGUUGACUUUGCCAGAGAGCAGCUGGAUUCAAAAUGAAUUCUUAACUUUGUUGUCUCUCUCUCACACAAACACACGCACACAAACAUACAUACACACCCACACACUCACACACACACACACAUGCACACGCACACACACACAGUAUCUUCUUCUCUCUACCUUCCUUCUCUUUUCUCCUGUCCUCCUGUCCCCCAACUAGUUUCUCUCGUCCUCCCGACCGGAGCCCUUGUUGUCUGUGUGCUCUGUGUGCUCUGGGUGCUGUGGGUGCUGGGUUGUAGCUCUGACAAAUUCAAAGAUACAAAAAACGAAAAGCUCAGUAAGUACCCGGACUGACUGAACCAGGGAGACGGGAACACAAUGAACUUCCGCAAAAGGACCACUCCUCUUCUUCCCCAGACAAAAGGCCCUGACGUGGAGAAAGACAAAAAGAAGAUAUUAUGUAUAUCAAACACCCCCAAAAUACAAUGAUGUCAUUUUUCUGAAAGCAACCAACUGAAGAGGAGAAAAGGUUCUUCCAACGAAAAUCUCCAAACUGAAGCAAAGAGCAUGUUUCCUAAGCUCUGCUGUGUGUGUGUACAGUAUGGAAGUUACUCUGUGCUUACGUCUGGGUGUCUAUGUACGUGGUUAUAUAUAUACACUUCAUGCUGUUCUGCACUGUAGAGACCUUAAAUAAGCCAUUCAUUCACAUGUGCGGAACGUGUGACGUGUGCGUGCGUUUGCAUUUACAGGGGUGUGUGUGUGUGUGUGUGUGUGUGUGUGUGUGUGUGUUCAUCAACAAACUGUUCCGAACUGAGAUAUUAUCUUCUCUUUUCUCUUUCUCCUCAUCUUGCGCUCUUCCUGCUCUUCUUACUGCCAUUGAUACCCCAGUCUCCUCCUCCUCCUUCCCCUGCUCUUUCUCCUCCUCCUUCCCCUGCUCCUUCUCCUCCUUCCCCUAUUCCUCCUCCUCCUCCUUCCCCUAUUCCUCCUCCUCCUCCUUCCCCUAUUCCUCCUCCUCCUCCUCCUCCUCAACCUCCUCCUCUUGCUCCACCUCCUCCUCCUGCUCCUCCUCCUCCUGCUCCUCCUCCUCCUCCUGCUCCUCUACCGCCCUGCCUUCUGAACCCAGGGCCGGGGACUUUCUCUCGGCACUUUUGGACAAAUGUAAUAACAAUAAUAUGGAUGGCGUUGAGUUGAUGUGAUGAUGAUUCGGUCGUGGUGUAAACGAAGGGAGGAGUUCCUGAAACGGCAGAGCAUCAGUUGGAGGGAUGGGGGGUGAGGCUGGGUCUGGUUUGGGGGGUCAGGUCGAGACUUGGUUUGGUCUGGGGUCCCCCUGGGUGAGGCUUGGUCUGCUCUGGGUGGUCCCAGGAUGAGGCUUGUGUGUGCGUUGUGUGGCUGCUGGUGUGUCAAUGUAUGUGUGUCAAGUCAAGUCCUCCAUUUGUGUAGCCAUUAAUCUCAGUCACAGUCUCAGAGGGCUUCACAGGCCAGGAUCGCACCAACGUGUAUGUGUGCUUGCAUGCGUGCGUGCAUGCAUGUGUGUGGUGUUAGCAGCUAACAGAUACCUUGACAACAAGCGACGUGGACUAGCUUUCACCACAGCAUUACUGACACACAAUCCCAGCUGCGCUCAGGCUAAACAGAGCUAGUCCUGCUUGUUAAAUGUUAGCCCCUGACUGAGCGGCUGAGCCUGAGACAUGACCUUGUUCUGUUGUUAGAACUGUUGUGCUUUGUUUGUCUUGUUUUAAUUAGUGGAGGAGUGCGGUUCACCCACUGGAGUGAUCGUCUCGUUCCCUGAUCUCCUGGGGACACAGGGUAUGCAGUUGCUUUGAAUGUCAGGCGCAGUGAGCUCAGCUAGCCAUGUCCGUACCCAUGGAUACAACAGCCAUAUAAUACACCAACACGAAUACUGUAAGCCAUAAAGAACGACCUGUGUAAAUGAAGAGACGUGCUAAGCCAGAGGUGGAGAAGUUCUUAAUGACCAGUUCAUACAGGCAUCUAUUUAUAAUAUUUAUAUUGCGUAUUUUGAUUGUACAUUUGAUUUACCUCCACUCAAAGUAAGUGUUCACCCUGAACAUGACUAGCUGCGCAAACGGAGAGCAAAUGUUUUUGCAUGUGCACUGUCGUCGACCGUCACUCUAAACAGACAUGUUCCCUUCCAUUGCUGAUCAUGUGCAUGACAUAAGUCCCAAAAGGUGUGUCAUUAGAGCGUCAUUAAUUCAUCGUCAUCAUUCGUGUCGUCCUUACCUGCCAGAGUUUCUGUGUACCCUGACAUCCGUUGCCGAGACAACGCAGAUAUAAAUAAAUAAUCAAUCUAUUGCCAGACAUCGGGACAAGAGUUCGUGGUUCCCUAAGGGCAGUGCAGACAGGCCGUGUGCAGUCGUUCUCUCACUAUCCCCAUGUGACUCGGUUGCCAGGCGCUGCGUCUCGGUUUGUUGGUGCUGAAGCUGCUCUUCUCCAGCAUCCUUCAGAACAAUUGGCCAGGCGUGGAACAUGACCCACUAUAUUUUGAAAGCCUCUGUCUCGUGUGUCGUUGCAAAUUACGUCCCCAUUAGGAAUCCGAGAAGAGGGGGUAUAUUUCUGGCCAUGCUUGUACCUGGGGGUGCUGCUGGUCAUCCUAUUUACGUUUGCUACGAGCAGAGCAACGUGCCGGGGGGAUCGUUAGUUCUUUGGCCAUGUAGAAGGGCUCCGCUUCAAUAUUGAUGUGCUCUGUUAGUGUAGUUCUAUAGUCGGUGUCCUCAUAGCUAUCGUCAUCGUCACUAUGUGUGUGGCUGUCCCCGGCAUAGAUGGAAAAGAGCAGGUCUGUGUGUGCCGGCCCGCCGCGGACGACAACAUAACGCACCGUUUCUGCCGCUUAGCCAAAAUAAUAGGCUUGUUGGGGGACGGUUGUACCAUCAGCGGGAAGUGUUUUAUUAUCGGUAACCAGGCCCCGAUUGGGUUUUGUGAUCUAAAAAGGAUGAACGGAGCCUGGAACUCUUGCUGUUUGUGAGAGGAAAUAAGAGUGCACAUCUCUGCGGUAGAGUCUGUUGUUAAUAAUAGAGCACUUUUCUGGACAAACGAUCCACAGCCAUGCCUUCAGCUUACACUGGCAUUUACUUUUGUAUUUUAUUAUAGUCAUAUCGUACAAAGAUAAAAUGGAGGUAUAUACUCUCAUUUUGUUUAAUUUAUUAUCGAACUAAAACAUUUGCUGCUAAUCCCGUAAGUGAAGCUACUACUGCCAAGUCCCGGGCUGAUUGGUAAAUGACUUGAGGAAUACACAUUCAAGGUCAUGGAGAUUUCUUGCGGAAGAUGCCAUAAAAGCAGCUUUGGCUUGAAUAACUUGGCUGUUGUCUUGGCCAUUUCAGUGGUCUUCUUCAGAGUAAACUUUAUUCUCUUCCAAGCCCAAGGCAAAGUAUUCAAGGUGACCUCAUUGUGGAAUACCUAGGUUGCUACUGAUGUUUGAACAACUUUUUGCAUCAAAUGCACUCAUGGCAGGUAAGCGACAAUGAGCAGCGAGCACAGAAGGCACAAAAGGAGCACUUCCGAGUGCACCUGUCCAGGCCUUCUCUUUACUUGAUUUGUUUGGCACACUCUCUGCAUCCGAUAUCCAAAGCUCUUGGCAGUGUGACAGCCCACUACCACUUAAAGCAUCCAGCCUAUUCAUCUCAGCUCUUCUGUGUGUAAACGUCUCUCAAGUUCUCUGCGUGGGACUCUCUGCGUCAACAUGAAGGUGUAGAUGAUGAUACUUGUGAGACUUAAGGCCUAGUCCGUAGUGCAACACCACCACCGGGCACAACGUUGUGGACAGGUCUCUACAGAGCACCACAUAAAGUCCUAUUUAAAACUUUCCCUUAUCUGAAGUGCAAAACCGUCGGGCGGAGCUCGAGUGUGUGUGGCCAAGACAGAUGGUUAGCCUGGAGAGGGCAGGACAAGUCCUUCCACCUGGACUCCCACCUCCUCUGUGGUCAUUAUUCACAACGUUGCUCCUCUCUGAAUUGAUCAGUGUCACGGCUGGGCCCCUGCUUUGCUCGGCGCCCCGGCUCCGCCCCGCCCCCUAGAACCACAAGCCACUCUGGCAGGAGGGGUCUCACCUUGUUACCAUGGCGUUGUCAAAUACGAUUUACCCUUUUCAUUCUGUCUGAGAGUCGGUCUUAAGUCCGUCGGUCGCCCGUGUUUAUGUUGUGGCACGCGCAGCACAUGGACACAGACACCCAGGACAGACUCCCAGAGAGAAGGAAAAGGGUAACGCAUAUUUGACAUCAUCGGUGUCCCAUACGCGUUACCCUUUUAUUCUCUCUGGGAGACUGUCCUAAGUCUCUUUGGUUGCCCUUGCAUAUGUUUCAGCAGCUGUUUCUCUUUUUUCAUCGGAUGAUGUUGUCCGAAGGCCUGUUGUGCCCUGACCAAUCAGACGCAGCCUCCCCUCCAGCUCGCCGUUUCAAUUGUUUUAAGCAUUUGGUGAAAGCCGAAUGUGACUUCUCCCAAUCAGGGUUUGAGUAAGAAUUAUUUAUGAAUAGUAAGAAACAUGAAUAUUAAAAACAAUAAUGAGUACUAUAUAUGUAUAAUUGAUUUAUUUUUUAACAUUUGACUGUUGGUCUAUUUGUAUGUAUGUGCUUGGUGUUCUCGUGCUUCUUGGAGUUUAUUUAUUUACAAACCGAAAAGACAAAAAAACAAAACAAAAAACAAAAGAGAAAAAUCCUUAUUCUGUUUUUGAGAAUUUUGUGUAAAUAUUGUUGUUUAAAAAAAGGUUAAUAUUUGUUGUACGCUGGGUUUUCAUUUGUCCACUUGAAGUGAUGAAGAAAAGCUUCAUGAUAACGUUAGUUGAUGAUGCUGGUCCUAUAUCUCCGCCCUUCUUGACUAAGGGCUCUUGACGCCCCGCUGUAUUUUGGUUGGGAGGUUCUGCAAGUCGGGCUGAAGGACGACUAAUGGGAAGGAGUGAUACCCAAUGACAUGCCAAGACUGCUAUAGCAACGUGGACACAUCCAAAAAAACCUCAUGCCCCUCACCCCCAUAACACAGACCCCCUGAGGUACACUACGGGCUACGCAGCCUGCAUUACAGGAUUGUGGAGGAUCUGUUCCGUUGCAUAACACUUGAGAUGUACCACAGCGCUGUGUGUACGGUGUGCUGCUGUGUGUAGCAGAGAACAGGAAGCAUCCUGGUGGAAUGAUUCUGUCUGCGUUGCCUGGCUCUCCAUCACAAACCCCCGCUCAGCUCAUAGGCCCUUGGGAUUUACUGUAAUGCUAUUGUGUUAGCAUGGGAUUUGGCCAACACCCUAAUGAUGCCUUGCUCAUUGCAUUUGGCCACAUUAUUGCAGUAGUGCUGGUAAAGCCAGGGAAACGAUGCUAGGGAGGAGUGGGUGCCGGCGUUUUGACCCUGUAGCAGCAGAAAGCACAUGCAAUGCGGGACUGAGGCACUCACUUCUGGAGGCAGAGAUUACCAAGCACAAACUCAGAGUCUUUAGCUCGUGUGUGUGUGUGUACAUGCACACUUCGCUAACCACCCUGGUAAUCAUUUUUACUUAUUUUUUUUACACCAGACUUACAUUGUCCUGGCCAAGCCUGUAGACACCAGAACAUGGCCAGGACUUGAGGCUACGUCUUUCACAGCAGGUAUAUCUGCACCCAAGUUCAAAUCUCCAUAUGCCUUAGCCCCGUGUGUCUGGCACUCGGCCUCUGUGCGGGGAAGAAGUUGCUUGUCAAUGUCAGGCUACUUUUAGUCCUCUACCAAGCGUGCACAGACUAGACUAGGACACGGCCAUGAGACUGCACCCUGCACUACCCUGCAGCAGUCUGCAGGAUGUGGCCUUUUCCUUAUUGGUCACUGCAUCCCUCUGAGGGAGGUUUUGCACGUUAGCAAACACACACACACACGCACGCACGCACACGAAUACACACAAUAAUACACUCACAAGUACUCACUCUCUCCCACACACACACACGUGCACAUGCACACACACAAACACACGGACAUGAAUUGACAUGCAAGAAACAAAACCCUUUCUUAAAGGCCAAACUGCUUUUGAAAACAUUCACAAUGGCGAAUGAGACAGCGUUGUCGGGAAAUAAACUAAAGCUCCACAGCGAUCAAUAAAGCAGCAGUAUCUCGCUUUUAUAACUUUCGACGUUCCUAGUUAAUAUGAGCAAGAAAUGCAAUAGCCGGCCGCUCCAGGGCUUCCUGUGGUGGCGGCGUGGUCAUGUCUUGGAUGUGGCGGGUACCACUCCUUCUGUUCGGCCUGACUUCCCUCCCAGCUUGCCAUAGCUCACCUCUUCAACAAAGAGUGCUCUGACUUUAAACACACCAUUGAGAGGUGUACAAUCGAACCUAUGAUUUCAUGUUUAUUUAUGUUUUUUUGCCAACUUUGUAUAGUGUAUAAAUAUCUAUAAUUAUAUGACAAAAUGACAGUACUGUAUAGAUUUUAGCUGCCUAGUAAGGUUAAUAGUAUAUACUUGGUAGACUAAAGGGAAACGCAUAGAGCCGUCCAUAAGCCAGUUAUUGCGAAUAUGCUUUCUGUAAACUGCGGUGUCACUGGGUCUUUUUGUAUAAUUUCUGCUUUAGUUUUAUUUUUUUAUGCCCAGUGGGAACCAAAGGGUGUGUAUAUCUUUCUGUUAUCUGUUGGUUUGUUGAUCGUUAUUUUGUUAUUUUCCUGACAACACACAGCGAGGCUCCGGCCACCAGGAGAGUGCAUUUGAACGCACAAUAGGACCCUGUGCAGUAGUUGUGCGUGUGUCUGUGCGUGUGUGUAAGGUCCAUUGUAGUAUUAGUGCUCUCUGUGCAGUGCCUCCUAGUUGUAUCAUGUGACUCAGAGCGAGUUAAGGUGUGUUUGAACAACGUUUGCAGAAACUGACAGAUGCCCUCUCUCUCUCUUUCUUUCAGUUGUCCUCUCUCUCUCUCUCUCUCUCUCUCUCUCUCUCUCUCUCUCUCUCUCUCUCUCUCUCUCUCUCUCUCUCUCUGUCUCUGUCUCCGUCUCUCUCCCCCAAUGUCCACUAUGCUCUUUCAUUAUAGUCUUUGAUUUCAUUUGUGCGAGUAUAGAUUUUCACAACAUUGGCCUCGUAGUUCAUUUACUCUUUCAUCGAGUUGUUCGCAGUCAUACCUGGCCUGGAGUUGGAUCAAUUAAUCAGUUAUCCAUGGUCUCUUGCCCCCGAACUCUCUCUCUCUCUUUGCUCAUUAGUAGUCCGGAAGGCGAUUUCCCCACCAGGGAAAUAGGUCACUAUCGAAUAAGUUGGAUUUGUGCAGAGUUCCUGCCAUUUUGUUUCCCACUGAGCCAUGCGGGGACAGCACAAGAUGUUUUCAUCCUAACAACUCCCAAAAAGAAACCUUAGCGAAACAGAUGUGACCACAGCCUCCCUCCUCUCAGGGCCAACCCACAGAGAGGCAGGGCAGCUGUCAGCCCGUCGGGGAGGAACACGCUCCUCCACUGAGGGAUGCUUCGACGUGAAACACUGCUUAUGGUGGCCGGGGAGUCUGGGGCCCCCCCUUUAGCUAACCACGUGACCCUAGUAGGAGCGCAAGGAUAGCCUUAAUCAUGGUCCAACUACGUGUGUUGGGAAUGAAAUAUGAGCACUAAUCAUGCAAUAUUAUGAACCUCCUCUUCCCCCCCUGAUUCCUUGAUUCCUGUAUCUAUAGCUCCCGUGUGUUGUUUUGGUCGCCCUGUACAUACGCGUGUAGUACCGUUGACGUUGUUGUGUUGAGGACUAGGAACGGGUUCUUACUGGAUGGGGAGGGGGGCAUAGGUUCCCUGUCUCUCUCUCUCUCUCUCUCUCCCUGCUCUCCCUUCUUAUUUAUAACUUGAAACAUUCCAUUUAGUCUGAAGAGGAAGGUGGGAAACCCAGGGGUCUGAAGGCACAGCAACUUUCACCUGAGCCCUGAUCACGUCUCUCUCACUCUCUCUCCUCUCUCGCUCACUCUGCCGGUUGUCUCGUCUCUCUGACAGCAGCCCCUUCAAUCCGUGGAUGCCUCUCUUUGCUCCUCUGAAACCCCGCCCCCGUGUUGACCUCACAGGUGUGGCGAGAUCACCGCCCUUGUCUCCGCCCCUAAAUGAAGGCUGAUUGUUGUAGUUGGGAGGUGGGGAAGGGUGGGGUGGAGUCCAGAAGAAGGCAGGAGAGUCCUUAGGGGGAGUCAGAGGGACGUGUCUUCGUGGGCACCCCCCCGUCACAGGAGAGCAGAGGGCCAGAGGGAUCCCCUUUGACCACGCCCCGUUGGCCACGCCCCAUUGGCGACACCCGCUAACAAUUAGGGUUUUGCGUUACGUGUUUUGUUUUGGUUUUUGUGUUUGUUGCUUUUCUUUCCUCCAGCCUCUCCUAUUUUCUGGGCCGAGCGGACUGUGAUCUGGUUGAUUUUCUGGUCCUCCCCCAUCCUUCUGUGUUAUAAGGUGUGUUGGGAUGGCGGAGUUAUGGAGCUGAGCUCUGAUUUUGUUCUAUAAUAAAGAAUUGUUUUUACUAUG